AUGAGAGAAGUCACUGUUAGAUUUGACGACACUGUUGUACGUGUCACCGACACUUGAUUUAGCGUCGAGACUACCAUGUAUGUAGGUAGCAUGGGACCAUCGACGUUGUUAUCCAUAGCUAGAGGAGGAUGAAAACAUUCUUGUAGGUUGAUUCGGACAUAGGUACGAGUAUUGCAUGCUUAAUUUGAAGGACAGAUCAGGGGCUAAUCUUAGUGACAGUCGUAACAAUGAUCUGACCCAAUCUAAUGUCUUCCAGAGUGUUUUUUUGCAAAGUUUUGAGCCUUAAUAUGUACAGGUUAGAUUGACACAAGCACUGUUCACUCCAAUCUUUGCUUUGUAUACAUGUCCCCAGAAGCAGCUUCUUCUACAAUGGAUCGAGUUAAGAAUAUGGAGGAAGAAUGAAGAGGCAGUCCUCGACCUCUUGUGAAAUUAUUGAAGGGAUGAUAUAGUUUUAAGAGCAUCAUUUUGGAGGUGGGACGUUGUCAUAAUGUCAUGGGAAAGUUCAACUUCAGUUGCUACUGAUGAACUCAAUUUUCUUAAUGUCUUCCGGAGUAUACCAUGCAUAGUUUUGUUAUACAAAGGCAGGAAGUUGAGAGCACAUCAAUUCUAUAUAUUGUGGACUAUUUUGCAGUCAGCCAUUCAGCCAAAAUUGAAAAGGAAAUAUUUAAUACCAUAGAUUCGAGAAAUGCUGAUGUUAUGUCGUAUGGAUUCAUAAAUAUCAUAUUACUUCGAAGUUUGAUGCGUUAAAGACUUAGGAGACCUGUUUUGAAUCACUGGGCAUUAUAUACCUUAUAAUGGACUUAUGCAAGGUUUUAUGCUGUUGUCAAUAAUAUAAGGCAAGGAUUGGAAGAUUCAUACAAUUCAAGCUUCUUCCCGUGAGACAGUUGAUCCAAUUCGGGUUGCAGCUGUUGCCGUUAAAUAUGAUCUUUUAGUGGUGAUGUUGUGGAAGUGUCAGUGAUGUUACAAUUGCCAUGGAUACCGCAAGUACGCAACAUCUCAGACAUUCUCAGUGGUUUUUGGAUUUUAUCAUCGUGUCGAUAUAGUACACAAAGAAUUGCCAUAACAAAGUUAAUGUUUUCUUGCAAUUUUUUUUUUUUAAUUUGUCUAUAAAAAAUGGUUUCUCAU